CAAUUUUCAGGGUUCUUUGAUAAUUUGACACAUAUUUUUAUUUUGCGCAAGCACAGCUGUAAAGCUGAAACUGUAGAGGUUCUUCAAAACGACGGGCGAAGAAGUGGAUUUCGGUGCUGGUGGUGAGGAAGAAGGCUCUAGUGGCCGGGGCAUGGCAGAUAUUGUUGGUCCGCUCCGUCCAUCGGAUAGCUGGUCAACGACGGAAGUACGUUCACUGCAGCACUCUCAUGUUUGGACCAUUCGUGGCUUUUCACAAUGCGAAUGUCGAUAUCUGGAAACCUCGGUUAAAAUCAAAGAAACGCCUGUUCCUACAAAUACCCUUGAUGGGAAUCACUUGACGUUUCGAAUAAGACUGCAUCCACAGGGCAAUAAAGAAUCGAAUAAAGAUUUCAGUUUUUUCCAGGUUUUCUGCAACACGAAUUCAGCCAAAUAUCGCGCGAAAUUUUCAGUAUACAAUGCAAAAAAUGAAGAAGCGCCCACGACGGUUUACACUGGUACACAACAACUGCAUGGAUAUUUCGAGUACAUACGUCGUGAUGUUUUAGUUAGCCAUAUACAGCCACAGGAUGAAUUACAACUUGUUUUAAGUCUCACUAUUACUUUCGACACUGUCACGAAAAGUAGUCAGAAUCCACGGCAAUGCAAUGUUCCAGAUGCUCGUCCAGCGGAGAUAGCACGUGAUUUGGAAGCAAUUUAUAAGGAAGGACGUCUUGCUGAUUUUACAAUAGUUGCCAGUGGACGCGAAUUGCCGGCUCAUCAGAUAAUACUCUCAGCUCGUUCUCCAGUCUUUGCGGCGAUGUUAGAACCGCACACGGAGGAAGCUAAAAAUAGUCGUGUUGUCUUUCCAGAUAUAGAUUUUGAGGUAAUGCAAGAGUUGCUGCUCUACAUGUACACUGGUCGAUCCCCCAAUUUAUCUAAUAUGGCCUUAGAUCUUUUAGCAGCAGCGGAUCGUUUCCAGCUUCCAGGCCUCAAAGAGAUGGCUGAUCAGGUUCUUCGCACUGGAUUGAUAGUGGAAUCUGCUUGUCGUUAUUUGGUCUUCGCUGAUAUGCACAAUGCACGAGAGUUGAAAUCCGAUGCCAUCAAGUUCAUUGCACAAAACUCAUCUUCCAUUAUCACUACGGAUGGUUGGACAGAAUUGGUGAAGGAGCAUCCAACUCUAGUUACUGAAGUUGUUGCCGCAAUAUCCAGUAGUGAUCCUCGUUCACUGAGCGCUAGCAGCAGCCCAAGCUCAUCAUCGGAGCCGACGACGAAGCGAGCCCGCUUGAGUGGCGGAGUCUAGUAUUUACUGAUGGAUGAUUAUUGUUCAGAUCAUACAUUAUUCUUUUUAACAGUAAUAUUUCUAUCUCUCAUUUAAUUUUAUUCACCAUGAUCAGCCGAAGCAGUGUUUUUUAUCUUAUCUUUUAGAAUUAUUUCUCGUGAUAUAUCUUCAUUCUUUUUUUUUUUUCAUUUGCAGUAGUAUGGCUUUAUCCUCUCAUCUGUGCAACCAGUUUCCUUACCACUUGAUUUUUUUUUCUUUGCGUUCCUUUUGGACU